CUUCCAGUUCAUUUCGGGCAUCGAAAUGAAUGAAUGCGCGGUAUUCGUGUUUUCCUUGUGAAGCAAAGUGGAUUGUCUUUUAUCGUUUUCUCAAGAAGUAUGUGUUGUUUCUUUCGCUUUUUUGCCAAGUUCUGUUUAUUUUUAAAUAAUACCGUGAAUGUUUUUUUGUGCUCAAAAGCUGCCCAAGACAGUCCAUCGCGAGACCUUUUGUCUUUAUUGCCCUUUUGCGUUACAAUAUUUUAAGAAAAAGUCAAAUCUUUUUUUAUUGUGUGUGGUUCAAAGGUUCGCCUUUUUUGUGUGAUUAAACUUCUCUGCUAUGAGUGGGAGAUAAAAUGUGUAUAAUCAGUGUUGUGUGUUGGAAAAGCUAAAUGAGCAUGCUUUAUUUUGUACAGUCUGUUUAGCAUGAAGUCUCUUUUCGUGCUCAGAACGCAGAGGAGCCUUGUGGAGGCAUUAUGAGUGAUAAGGAGAAGUUUAUUGGUGCCCUGGAUAUUGGUACGACAACACUGCGUUGCAUGAUAUUUGAUCGUUCCCUCCAAAUUCGUGGCUACUCAUGCGAACAGGUGCAACUGCUAUAUCCAAAAGUGGGCUACAUUGAAAUUGAUCCUGAUCAAUUUUGGGCAAGUGUGGUGAGAGUUAUCAAGAAUGCCAUUGAGAAUGCAAAAAUCUCUGUUGAGCAACUUGAAUCAUUGGGAAUUACAACGCAACGAUGCACAUUUAUCACAUGGCAUCGUGAUACGGGAAAGUACUUUCACCGAUUUAUUGUUUGGAAUGAUGUGCGCGCCAAGGAGUUGGUGAAGAAGUGGAAUGACAACAUUCUCCUCAAGUCCUUCCAGGGUGUUUCCAAAUUCCUCUAUAUGAUUACGCGAAACAAACGCUUUCUAGCCGGAAGUGUAAUGAAGUUCAUGAACAGCCAGGUGACUGUACGCCUAGCGUGGAUGAUUCGCAACAAUGAUGAUCUGAGGAAGGCCAUCCAAAAUAAGUCUGCUUUGUUCGGUACCAUUGAUACGUGGUUGUUGCAUAAAUUUCAACAAGGCCUCAAUGAGUGCAAUAAAAAGCCAAUUGAUCACAUCACGGAUGUCACUAAUGCCUCCGCCACGGGACUUUAUGAUCCAUUCCAGCUUAACUGGGCCGAAUGGUCGUUCUCACUGUACGGACUAACUGCCGACAUGAUGCCCAAGGUUGUGGAUAAUACGCACGAUUUUGGUGUAAUCGACAAAUCCAUCUUCGGAAGUGAAAUUAAAAUUGGAUGUUCAAUUGCUGAUCAAUCUGCUUCCAUGUGGGGCUCCUGUUGCUUUGGGAAAGGAGAUGUAAAGGUGACCCUCGGCACUGGGAGCUUCAUGAAUUUAAAUACUGGAAAAGAUUGCCAUGCAUCCAUCUACGGACUCUAUCCUCUCGUAGCCUGGAGAGUUUUCAACAGGGAUUCAAACACAACGGAAGUGGCGUACUGUGUUGAAGGGCAAUCGAACGAUACGGGAUCCAUAAUUCGCUGGGGAAUUGAUUUUGGGCUCUUUGAUGAUCCAUCAGCUUCCUCUGAUAUGGCCUAUUCUGUGGAUGAUUCUGAGGAGAUUUUCUUCAUUCCAGCAUUCAGUGGACUAGGAGCUCCAAUGAAUGAUGCCAAAGCAGCAACGGGAGUCAUUGGAAUUCGACCAACAACAACCAAAUCCCACAUUGUUAGGGCUCUCCUGGAAAGCAUUGCUUACCGCGUGACGCAGCUCUACAUUUGUACCCUUGAGGAGACUGAUUUUAAAUUCUCCAUCAUUCGUGUUGAUGGGGGAGUGUCGAGGAAUGAUUUUGUCUGCCAACUUCUGGCCAAUUUGACUGGAUUAGAAGUAGAGCGUGGUGACAAUUCGGAGCUCUCUGUGCUUGGAACUGCAUUCCUGGCAGGCUUAAAUGCGGGAAUAUUCCAAAAUCGCGAUGAAUUAGUGAGGAAAAGAGUCGUCGAGAGAGUCUUUCAUCCUCAACAUGAGCAUUCCGAACGAAUUAAGGGAAAAUUCCUCCGAUGGCAGGAUGCUGUUGAGAGAUUCCGUGAUUGGUACGAUGAGAGUUGAUAUUGGAAGUUUAUACAAAUAAAUGGGAUUAUAAUUAAUCAAA